CCCGCGCUGCUCCCGCCCCUCGGGUGCCAGCACCGCCCCUGCUGCGGCGGGUGAGGGGCGGGGCGGGGCGCGGCGUAUAUAAGGCUAGGGGCGGGCGCCGCUCUUUUGUUUCUUGCUGCAGCAACGCGAGUGGGAGCACCAGGAUCUCGGGCUCGGAACGAGACUGCACGGAUUGUUUUAAGAAAAUGGCAGACAAACCAGACAUGGGGGAAAUCGCCAGCUUCGAUAAGGCCAAGCUGAAGAAAACGGAGACGCAGGAGAAGAACACCCUGCCGACCAAAGAGACCAUUGAGCAGGAGAAGCGGAGUGAAAUUUCCUAAGAUCCUGGAGGAUUUCCUAGCCCCGUCCUCUUCGAGACCCCAGUCGUGAUGUGGAGGAAGAGCCACCUGCAAGAUGGACACGAGCCACAAGCUGCACUGUGAACCUGGGCACUCCGCGCCGAUGCCACCGGCCUGUGGGUCUCUGAAGGGACCCCCCCCAAUCGGACUGCCAAAUUCUCCGGUUUGCCCCGGGAUAUUAUAGAAAAUUAUUUGUAUGAAUAAUGAAAAUAAAACACACCUCGUGGCA